GAGCCCCGUGUUUCGUGCAAGUCACGCUAACCCAGGUUGUUCCCGUUGUCGACCGAACGAUAAAUACUACGCGCCCUGCGAAGGGCCCUGCUCAGGCUCGCACAACUUCAGGUUCAUCGAAGUCGACAAGCUCAUUGAGCGCAAUGCCCGGAUCGAUCGCUACCAAGCACGCGCCACAGAAUCUGGAGGAGCUGCGAAAGCUUCUUGCCGUGGACAGUAAAGUAAAGGUCGCAGGAAUCGAUGUCGAUGGCGUGCUACGAGGCAAAUUCAUGUCCAAGGAGAAGUUUCUCUCAGCAGCUUCUUCAGACGGCUUCGGUUUCUGCAGCGUAACCUUUGGAUGGGAUAUGCAUGACCAAGUGUACUCUCCAGAGUUGCUUAUUUCCAAUAGAGCAAACGGAUACAGAGAUCUGUUAGCCUCCAUUGACCUCAAUACUUAUCGCCGAAUCCCAUGGGAGGACAACGUGCCUUUCUUCCUUGUCUCAUUCCUGGACCCGGAUACCAAGGAACCUAUACCUGUUUGUCCACGGAGCACCAUCAAGAAGGUCACCGACAAAGCUGCCAGCAUGGGCUGGAUGUGCAUGGCUGGGGCUGAAUAUGAGUAUUAUAACUUCAAAGAGACUCCCGACUCUCUUGCCGAGAAGAGAUUCCAUGGCCUGCAACCGUUAACGCCCGGCAUGCACGGAUACUCACUGUUGCGUCCUCAGUUGAACAUGCAAUACUUUGAUGAUAUCUUCGAGGAGAGUUUGGCUUUUGGGAUUGACAUUGAGGGUCAUCAUACGGAAACUGGUCCCGGAGUCCUCGAGACUGCACUCGCAUACGGUCCAGCUCUGAGAAUGGCCGACAAUGCCAUCCUCUUCAAGUACCUGGUUAAGAGUAUCGGUAUGAAGAGAGGCGUCAUGCCCAGCUUCAUGGCCAAGCCCUGGGGUAAUCUCCCGGGAUGUAGCGGCCACAUACAUGUGUCCCUUCGGACUGAGGAUGGCAGCAACGCGUUCGCAGUGUCAGAUGAAGAGCUCAAAACAGGAAGAGCAGGCGCUGCCUACGAGGACACGAAAUUCAUCAGUCAGACGGCCGAAUGGUUCCUUGCUGGAAUACUGGACGGAAUAUCCGAUGUUCCUAAUAUAAACAGCUACAAGCGACUUUCUGGAGGAGAAGCCUUCUGGGCACCGAACGCCGUGACUUACGGCUACGACUCCCGAGGAGCGUCUAUCCGUAUCAUCUCCCCUCCAGGAGUACCGCCAGCUGCAACUCGGUUCGAAGUCCGUGUGCCCGGCGCGGACAUGAAUCCUUACUUCGCGCUGAGCGCGAUCUUCUCACUUGGUUUGAGGGGGAUCGAGAAGAAAUUGAGUCUGCCAUGUCCUCCCAUCGGCCACAUGAAGCCGGAGGAUAAGGCUACAGGCAAGGUCAAAAUGCUGCCGUUGUCGCUAGAAUCCUCUACCGAGAGGAUGAUGCGAACCGAGAGCAUCGCGCGGGAAGAAGCGGUCUUCGGGAACGACUUUGUAGAGCACUUCGGAGGAACGAGAAAGCAUGAAGUGAAACUCUGGAAAGAGGCUGUAACAGACUGGGAAGUUGAACGGUAUUUCGAGUUGGCAUAG